AUGUCAUCGUCCAGACUCAGGCCUCCCACCCGCCAGUGGCUCCUGAGUUCCCCUUCCCACUGCCUUGGUUCGUCCUUGACCAUAGCUCAAAGGCUGCAGAGGAGGACGCCCGUAACGCCAAGAGGCCCUCCGGUGGUUACCAGUGAUUUGAUAUUAAUCGAAUAUAAAGAAUGCACGGUUGAAAGAAAUGAGCUGGCAACUGCAUGCAUUUUCAUAGGAGAAUAUAAGCGCUACCACCUGCAUGAGAGGCAGCAGUAUCUGACAGCCAACAUGAAGUUCCUGAUCCUCGCCGCUAUGGCCGCCGUGGCCGCCGCAGUCCCCCAGGGAUACGGUGCUCCUCCUCCUCGCUACGCCUCCAGCGAGGAGAUCGCCAUCUUGAGGGACGACCGUGUGAUAGAGGACGACGGAAGGUACAACUUUGACAUGGAGACUGCCAAUGGCAUCGUAGUGUCAGAGCACGGCACUCCCGGAGAGAAGGGAGCCAUCAACAGCGCCGGUUCCUUCUCAUACACCGCUCCUGACGGCACUGACGUCCAUCUCCAAUUCGUUGCUGACGAGAACGGCUUCCAGCCUCAGGGCGCCCACCUGCCCGUGGCUCCCGCGUUCCCCCACCCGAUCCCUCAGUUCGUCCUCGACCAGAUCGCCUUCGCCGCUGAGGAGGACGCCCGUAAUGCCAAGAGGCCCUCAGCCACCUACGGCGCUCCUCAGUGAAUGGGUUAUAAUGCUAAUACCUUGUAUAUAGAAAAUAUUUAUAAUAGAAUAAAAUAUUUAUUG